AAGAAAUGCAUAAUUUCAAGGAUAGAGAAGUCAUCGAAGCAUUGUGUCUUGUUUUAUGCAGACAAGUAGGAAUCUGAAUUUCUGUUGGUUCCAACGGUCAGUCAUCCUUUGGAACCAAAAGGAAUUCUUUCUAAAGUUUUUUAUUUUUCGAAUAAUUAAUAAUAACGACGAUGAUGGUGGUGAUUUUUAUGUAUUAAUCUUGAAAUUUGCAUCUUUCGAUUUCAUCAAAAGGGUGUAUUGUUAAAUUGUUGAUAUUGAUUAGAAGAUUCGAUCCGAAUUAGUUGCAAUUUUUGUUGUUUUGGUGAUUGAUUGACAAGUUUGGUUUACUGGAAACGUAAUGUGAUUUGGGGAGACUGAAAUUUUAUUGUGUGGGGCAAUGGCUGCCGGAGGGAUUUCAUCUCCGGGGGGAUUUAUGACAGUCUUGUCUUAUGCGGUAUGUGAAUGGUUUUUGAUGUUUAUGUUGUUUCUAGAUGCUGCAUUGGCACAAUUCAUUGCUAAAUUUGCGAGUUACUAUGAGUUGCAAACACCGUGUAUGUUGUGUUCGAGGUUUAAUCAUAUACUUGGUGAUAAGAAAAGUGGAUGUUAUGGGAGUCAUCUUUGUAGAAACCAUAAAGAGGAUGUAUCAUUUCAAGUGUUUUGUCAUAUUCAUGGUAAUCUUGCUGAUGUUCGUGCUAUGUGUGAAGAAUGUCUUGUAUCGUUUGCUACUGAGAAUAUACUUAUUAAAGAGUCAGAUAACUUGAUGAUUGAUAAAUUGGGGAAUAAGAGUUAUAUACCUACUUCUCCUGGCCCAUGGAACUGUUCUUGUUGUCAGAAGACGUGGAGGGCUCGAUCAAGUGCUCAAAGAUUGCUCCAGCUAACUUCUGUUGGUUUUGGAGCUUCUAAGGCUAAUGUCAAACCUCCUCUACCACGCGCAACAGGUCGUAGCCGUUUCAGUCGACGUGAUAGCUUUAAGAAGAUCAGGGAUAAAAUUUCUGGGCCAGAGUCACCUAGGACAAGGGCUUCUGCCCUUGACCCUUUAUCACAUGUAGGAUAUACAGAGUUGAAGAUUACUUCAGAUUCUGAGUCAGAAAUCCAGAUGUCUGAUGAUGAGGAUGGAUGUUCAGCUACUCGUGGUAAAAAUGAUUCUAGAUCGGAAGAUAAUGUUCCACAUGACAAAGGUAUAACACAGAAAUUAGAAACUGAUCAGCCUUGCCAAUCUUCUGAAUCCAAGCCUUAUCAUCUGGAUCAACCAAGACAGCUGACUGUCGACUCGGGCAAAACUGUGAGUUUUCAGGCAUCUGAUGAUUUUGUAGGGCAUGGCUUAGCAGAACUUGACUGGGAAAGUCUUUCUCCUAAGACCGGUGCUUCUGUAUUGCCAGAAUUUAUUUCAUCAUAUAAUGUUGCCCAUGCAUCCAACCCUUUAGAAGAUCAUCACACGUCACGAGAGAGUUUAACGUCCAAUGUUUUUCUCCCUCGUAUCUCAGACCUCUCUGCGCUUUCGGAGCUCAUAUCAGUGACCAAGACACCUUCUUUAUCCAGUAUUAAUAUCCAUCAGACAGAUUUGACGGAAGCAAAUGAUGAAGGAAGCAACUUAACUGAGAAGAAUAAUGCAAAAGCUCCAGUUCAUUUAGAUGAAGGUGCUCCACCUAUAUCAAACCAAAAAAAUCAAGCUGAUUUAUCUGUUGUGAGUAAUGGAGGGAGAAAAGUAUCAGAUAGGCUCGAAGAAUCAAGUGCAAUUACUGAUUCUUCAAAUGCUGGAGAGGGUAUGAAGUCGAUUCCACAACUUUCUACUUCUGUGACGGAUGAAUCGCAAACUACAAGUCUUAGGAAUCAUGAUAGGCUUGGAGAACCAAGUGAAAUUAGUGAUUCUGUAAAUGCUGGAGAAGGUAUGAAGUCGCUUCCACAACUUUCUACUUCUGUGAUGGAUGAAUCACAAACUCCAAGUCUUCGGAAUCAUGAUAGGCUUGAAGAACCAAAAGCAACUAGUGAUUCUGCAAAUGCUGGAGAAGGUAUGAAGUCGCUUCCUCAUCUUUCUACUUCUGUGACGGAUGAAUCACAAACUACAAGUCUUAGGAAUCAUGAUACGCUUGGAGAAGCAAAAACUAUUAGUGAUUCUGCAAAUGCUGGAGAAGGUAUGAAGUCGCUUCCACAGCUUUCUACUUCUGUGACGGAUGAUUUGCAAACUACAAGUCUUAGGAAUCAUGAUAAGCUUGGAGAAGCAAAAGAAAUUAGUGAUUCUGCAAAUGCUGGAGAAGGUAUGAAGUCGCUUCCACAACUUUCUACCUCUGUGACAGAUGAAUCACAAACUACAAGUCUUAGGAAUCAUGAUAAGCUUGGAGAAGCAAAAGCAAUUAGUGAUUCUGCAAAUGCUGGAGAAGGUAUGAAGUCGCUUCCACAACUUUCUACUUCUGUGACGGAUGAUUUGCAAACUACAAGUCUUAGGAAUCAUGAUAAGCUUGGAGAAGCAAAAGCAAUUAGUGGUUCUGCAAAUGCUGGAGAAGGUAUGAAGUCGCUUCCACAACUUUCUACUUCUGUGACGGAUGAAUCGCAAACUGCAAGUCUUAGGAAUCAUGAUAGGCUUGGAGAACCAAGUGCAAUUAGUGUUUCUGUAAAUGCUGGAGAAGGUAUGAAGUCACUUCCCCAACUUUCUGCUUCUGUGAUGGAUGAAUCGCAAACUGCAAGUCUUAGGAAUCAUGAUCAUGGUGAUGACCGACAAAGAAGUGAUGCUUCUACCUCUGACGGGGUACAUGUGGUUCAAACAUCUACCAUCAAGGGGAGAGAUGAUUCUGGUAAUGAAUCAGCAGAUGGAUUCAGCGUCAGUGAUAUUGAGGACGAGAGUAUUGUUGAUAGGUUGAAACGACAGAUUGAACAUGAUCAGAGAUACAUAAAUUCUCUAUACAAGGAACUGGAGGAAGAAAGGAGUGCAUCAGCCAUUGCCACUAAUCAGGCAAUGGCCAUGAUCACUAGGUUGCAAGAGGAGAAGGCGUCACUUCAUAUGGAGGCCUUGCAGUAUUUAAGAAUGAUGGAAGAGCAAGCCGAGUAUGAUAUGGAGGCACUAGAAAGGGCUAAUGAUCAACUUGCUGAAAGGGAGAAAGAGUUGCAAGAUCUGGAAGAAGAGUUAUUAGAAUAUAGAAAUAAUAUUCCAGAUGAGUUAUCAGCAGAAGAUCCACAAAAGGAAAACAAAAACCUGAAAGAAGAAAAUGUAAUAAAUGAGAAUCAUAGUAAAGAACAUGUCGAAAACAAGCUCAGUGGCAGUUCAGAUUCGAAAACUAUUAAAGUAUCCAAAAUCUGUGAUAAACCUAGACAGUUUAAUGAUUCAAUAUGUAACUUUGAGGAUGAAAAGCUAAGUAUUUCAAAACAUCUGGAGAACUUGGAGAAAAAACUUUUUCAAAUUUCUGGCAGAAAGGCCUCAGAUAAUGUUCCUUGUAACGGAUGUUCAGAAAGGAUAAAGAAAGAUGUUGAUAAUCAAGUUAAGAAACAAAGUAAUGAUGCGGGAAGUAUUAAUUCCCAACAGGAGGAGGAGAUUUCUUCAUCCACGCGCAAUGAUUUUUCUAAAUCAAAUGGCGGUCCCAUUGAAAAGCCUGCUGCUUUAGACGUGGAAAAUGCUAUUGUUGGUGAAAAGAAAAACCAUGUAGACAAUAAUCAUAGUAAGCUUUCCUCUCUUGGAGGUGAAGUUGAUGGGGCUUCUAUAGGAAAUGAAAUAUCAGAGCUUAGUGGGAGGUUACAAGCACUUGAGGAUGACUAUAAAUUCCUCAUGCAUGCCUUUAACUCGCUCCAGAAUGGACAUGAAGGAAUACAGCUUAUUCAGGAAAUAACUCAUCAGCUGCAAGAAAUACGGAAAGUUGAGUUUGACAAGAGAUGACUAUCUCUAAACUUGGAAAUGACAAGAUGUUCCGGCUGAGACUUUCAAAGAGAUGCAUGCCGCAACAGAAGCUGUAGCGAGAAGCCUAGCUGCAUCAUUAUUUACAACUUAUAGUUGGAAAGGAGAAGCUCAUGACGCCAAAAAAAUAGUUUUGAUGAUCGAGAAUUGGUCUACAGUACUGCUUUUCAGGUCUUCUUGUCCUCUUAAAUUGGUUCUGUUGAAAAGCUACAGAUCAUCCUUUUGUUUUUGUUUCGUUUUCCUGGUUUUGGGUCCUUUUUUCACAAUUUUGUUAGUCAUUAAUGUGAUCGUGUGGUGCGAGAUUUUGGUGUAAUGUGUGUAUAUCUUUUUCAAGGUUGGGCUUUGUUUGCCAGGUUUCACAACUGUAAAAUGCAGAUAGGUUCUUCAAAGGACUUCCAAAUUUGCUUCUACUGCUGACUG